UGUCACGUAGAGUGACCCAAGAAGAUUUAAACAUUGAUCUAAUUGGGUAUCUGGCCAAAACCACCAGAGAACUGAUAGCAGGAAGCAAAAACAGGAGGCAGUGCUGGUAUAAACUUAAAAUACAGCAUGGGAAACAGCAAGAGCAGUGCUUUGUCCAAAGAGAUUCUGGAGGAUCUAAAAAUGAACACAAAAUACAGUGAGGCUGAGCUCAGCUCCUGGUACACCACCUUUCUAAAAGAGUGUCCUAGUGGGCGCAUUACUAAGGAGCAGUUUGAAGGCAUCUAUGCCAGCUUCUUUCCUGACGCCGACCCCACUGCGUAUGCACGGCAUGUUUUCCGAAGCUUUGACCUGAAUGCUGAUGGCACGCUGGACUUUAAGGAGUACAUAAUUGCAUUGCAUUUGACUUCCUCAGGCAAAACUCUGCACAAGCUUGAGUGGGCUUUCGCUCUGUAUGAUGUUGACGGCAACGGAACCAUCAGCAAAAAUGAAGUCCAGGAGAUUGUGAAGUCAAUUUUCAAUAUGAUUCCUGUUGAAGACCAGGACAAACUUUCAGAGGAUGAGAACACACCAGAAAAGAGAGCAGAUAAAAUAUGGAACUUUUUCCAAAAGAAAGAAAAUGAUAAGAUCGCAGAAGGAGAGUUCAUCCAAGGAGUGAUGGACAACAAAGACAUUUUAAGGUUGAUACAGUUUGAUGAGCCAAAGAAGAUACAGGACAAACUGAAGGAAAAGAAGCCAUAACAUUCAGGGCCGAUUUUCCCCUGAGACUAUGCGCUGCUCAUUUCCUGUUUACACAGCUAAACUCCUUCUAUGCCAUUCUGGCACUGUUUUGCUCAAGCGGACCAUCUGUGUGUGCAUGUGAAUUGUCUAAGUUAACACGGCAGAGCCAUGACCUUGAUCAAAUAUCUCUAUUCCUAUUGCACGGGUACAGUAAACAAGCCCUUUUCAAUCCACAGCAUGACCAUGAAUUUCCAUCACUUAAAAAAAAAAAAAGGGUAGAUCCAUUACUUAAGCAUCUACCGUGCAUUUAUUUGCUUUAUUAAUUUAUAAUAACAUGAUUGUUGAGUAAAGACAAAAUGGUGAGAGGGUUAUUAGGCUCAGGUUAUCAAUCCCUCUGGCGUAAUCAAUCCUCUUAAAAUGUGAAGGUCAAUCCAGGAAAACUCUUAUAAGCCACUGGUAGUGUUGAUUUUGUGUUGAUGGAUUAUUUGUAUGUGUUUUAGUAUUUUAACUAAAUGAAAGCAAUUUAAUUCAAAAAAUGACAAAAAAAUAAAUAAAUAAAUUUUUUAGGAAUUCCUUUUUUUUAGCUUCAAUUUAUGAACAUUUGCAAACCGAUAACAGGUCUAGCAAUUCUGUCUGCAAAAUUCCACCAUAUCAUUUGGCCCUCUUCUGGAUCUGCAUUCACGAGGAGGUACUGUACAGUAGUAUGGAUUUGGUUGGACGCAGUUAGGGACCAUGUCUUGCAUCCCUAUCCUUUGACCUCAGUUGUUUAACAGUAGAUAUGAGAUGUCUAUUAUAUUUUGUUUGUUUCUUUGUUUUUUGUUCAAUACCACUUAGCUCUGUUUCCUGGUGCAUUGUAUGUGUGUGUGUGUUUGCCAAAAUGUUCUAGGCUUUGUAGACUUUAGAAUCUCACUAUAUAAAUGCAAAAGACAAGUCCUACA